CCACUCGUCACUCGUCACUCACCCUCUCCCAUCGCAACACACGGACAAGCUCACGUCCACUUCGCGCUUCUUCUCUUUGUCCAAGCGUCCUUGCACUCUCGUACCACGAAUCGCCUUGACAGCCUUUCCAACCCUUGCCCGCUACAGACCUUGCGCUGCGCUCUUCUGGACAUUCGUCGACCUCAAGCUGAACUCCGCGCCGGUCGAUCUGUCUCAUCUGCGGAAGCUGACUGACUGUUCAGCAAAACCGCACAGAUCAUGUUUCGGGCCACCUCUGCUCUAUUUUCGAAAGCUUCCAGGUUACCCUUGACCUCGAAGAAAGCUAACAAAGAUUUCUACAAGGGUACGGGAGCGCUAAAUGUCUUGCGAAGGAAGAGGAUAGCAUUGGCCGACCGCAAAGGUCAACAGCUGGAUAAAAAGACGUGGACCUUGAUGACGCACAGAUUAGACGAGCUGCGCGUUCCAGCGUACAUCGUUCCACCUGGUCUGAACGACACGAACAACCUCAGACCUUAUGUGUACAGAGGUUCCGAAGAGGCCGGCGGUACACCUGUCAACCCAAAGUCAGGCUAUCCUGAUGGCCCACGCAUGACAUCAGCAGGGUUCGAUGCGGCGUACUACAGAAAGGUUUCGGGGGGCGUGUACCAGAGGAGAGCGGUCAAGGAUGGAGUGGCGAUCGAAGAGAAAUGAGAAUCAUCCAAAUUGAGACGAUCUAUCUUAGAA